AUGUUGGGUGCUACUAGAGGAAGUAGUGCUGCUAAAAGGGGGGUUGCUAAGGUGUCAAAACAAGUUGCCUUUGCUUUUGUGACGAGGACUCUUGCUAGAUGUAGGCAAUUUGAAGAUUCAGGAACAAGUUGCUUUAAUGAGCCUGCCCUUCGGGAUAUUAUUUUUGCUGCACUUCCUCAAUGCGAUGAGUCAGAAUCUACGACUUGUGCUGGCCUCGAAGGUUCUAACUGUAAGCAUCUCAAUUUCUAUGACAUUCAGACUGACCCCAUGCGAUGA